CCCAUACUGGUCCUCACCAACCCCAUAAUGGUCCUCACCAGCCCCAUAGUGGCCCUACUGGUCUCAUACUGGUCCUCACCAACCCCAUACUGGUCCUCACGAGCCCCAUACUGGUCCUCACCAACCCCAUAAUGGUCCUCACCAGCCCCAUAGUGGCCCUACUGGUCUCAUACUGGUCCCCACCAACCCCAUAGUGGUCCUCACCAACCCCAUAAUGGUCCUCACCAACCCCAUAAUGGUCCUCACCGGCCCCAUACUGGUCUUCAUCAGCCCCAUACUGGCCCUACUGGUCUCAUACUGGUUCUUCCAGACCCAUAAUGGUCCUCACCAACCCCAUGGUGGUCCCACCAAUCCCAUACUGGUCCCCACCAACCCCAUAAUGGUCCCCACCAACCCCAUAGUGGCCCUACUGGUCUCAUACUGGUCCUCACCCGCCCCAUACUGGUCCUCACCAGCCCCAUAGUGGUCCUACUGGUCGCAUACUCGUCCUCAUCAGCCCCAUACUGGUCCUCACCAACCCCAUAAUGGUCCUCACCAGCCCCAUAGUGGCCCUACUGGUCUCAUACUGGCCCUCACCAACCCCAUACUGGUCCCCACCAGCCCCAUACUGGUCCUCACCAGCCCCAUACCACCACACCCCAACCCCAUGGUGGUCCCACCAACCCCAUAAUGGUCCUGCUAACCCCGUACUGGUCCUCACCACCCCCAUUGUGGCCAUGUCAACCCCAUACUGGUGCCCACCAGCUCCAUACUGGUCCUCACCACCCCCAUACUGCCACCGCCCAACCCCAUGGUGCUCCCACCAACCCCAUACUGGUCCUCACCAACCCCAUAAUGGUCCUCACCAGCCCCAUACUGGUCCUCACCAACCCCAUAAUGGUCCCCACCAGCCCCAUAGUGGCCCUACUGGUCUCAUACUGGUCCUCACCAACCCCAUACUGGUCCUCACCAACCCCAUAAUGGUCCUCACCAGUCCCAUACUGGUCCUCACCAGCCCCAUUGUGGUCCCACCAACCCCAUAGUGGUCCUACUGGUCUCAUACUGGUCCUCACCAGUCCCAUACUGGUCCUCACCAGCCCCAUAAUGGUCCUCACCGGCCCCAUAAUGGUCUUCACCAGCCCCAUAGUGGCCCUACUGGUCUCAUACUGGUCCUCACCAACCCCAUAAUGCUCCUCACCAUUCCCAUACUGGUCCUGCUAACCCCAUACUGGUCCCCGCCAGCUCCAUACCACCAUCUCCCAACCCCAUGGUGGUCCCACCAACCCCAUACUGGUCCUCACCAGCCCCAUACUGGUCCUCACCACCCCCAUACCACCAGCUCCGAACCCCAUGGUGGUCCCACCAACCCCAUAAUGGUCCUCACCAACCCCAUAAUGGUCCUCACCAGCCCCAUACUGGUCCCCACCGGUCCCAUACUGGUCCCAACCCAACCCCAUGGUGUCCCCCUUCCAUCCCCACCAUUCCCAGUAACUCCAGUUCUCCCCCCGCAGGCCCUGGGCGCCAGCGCCCCCCGGUGGGAGGCCGUGCCAUGGUGUGCCCCGAUGGAGCCCAACGCCUUCCCCCACCUCCAGCUCUGGUGCCCCCGUCCCUUCGGCACCUUCUCCCAGAACAAGCCCUGUCCCACCACCGCUCCCACCAGGAGAACCUUCUCCUCCUGCCGCCCGCCCGAAGAACCCACCAAUGACCGGGCUCCAUCCGAAAACACCCCACCGCCUCCUCCUCCUCCUCUUCCUCCUCCUCCUCCACCUCCCACCGAUGCCACCACCACGGCCACCACCACGGCGACGGUGGAAGAAGGUCGGGUGCUGUUGGACACGUGGUACGUCAUCAAACCGGGCAACACCAAGGAGAAGGUGGCUUUCUUCGUGGCCCACCAGUGCGGCGGUGGUGGUGGUGGUGGUGGUGGUGGCACCACGGGUGGUGGCACCACCACCAUGGGCUUCGGCGCCCGCCCCAGCACCAUGAAGGUGAAGGGCAACUGGGGCAACGACAGCUCCAAAGCCAAGCGGCGCCGGCGCUGCCAUGACCCCACCAAGAACAAACCCAACCCAACUUGGGUCAACGGUGGCCAAGAACCUACUUGUCCCCCUCAACCCGGUGAACCUCCCGGUGCCACCGAAUCCCCCGAUUUGCUGUCGGUGGCCGAGAUGGUGGCUUUGGUGGAGCAGAGGACGGCGUUGGCCUUGCAGAACUUCCCCAGGUCUUGUGGUGGCACCACCACCACCACCACCACCACCGGUGGUGCCACCACCCCGAUGGUCUUCGUGGAGGCAUCUGGUGGUGAAACCAAAGCUCCUGGUGGCCCUGACUGUAGCCGGGUGGCCGAAGCCGUUGCCCACUUCGAGUCCCGGCAACGGGAGCACCACCAUGGUGGUGGUGGUGGUGAUGGUGGUGGUGGUGGUGGCACCUCCAGACCCAACGGAUUGUGCCGUCCCGGUGCCGAAUGCGCGACGGCGUCGGCGACCACCACGGCAGGCGCCGGGGAGGUCCGCAUCGCCUUCCGCAUCUCCAGCGCCCGCGAGCCCCGCGCCGGGGCCACCACCGUGGCCACCACCGAAGCCGGAGGAACCACCGGGCGCCCCAACUGCGUCUUCAUGAGCUGCGGUGGUGGCGGUGGAGGUGGUGGUGGUGGUGGUGGCCGCGCCAAGGACAAGAUCACCUGCGACCUCUACCAACUCAUCAGCCCGUCCCGCGACGCUCUACCCAACAACGUUGAGUUCCUCUUGGCCACCGCCGGCGCCAAGGGGGACGGGGACGGCCCCGACGUGGACAUGGGCUACGGAGAAGGGACGGUUGGUGGCCCCAAAGCGGACGUUGGGGACAGUGGUGGUGGUGGUGAGGGGACAACGGCGGUCGGGGCACCACGGGACUGCGCCGCCGGCUUCCACGUGGACGUGGUGGUGACGGGGGUGGUGGACCAGUGCGUCUUCUUCGGCAAGGACAGCGCCAAGAAGAUGAAGGAGGAGACGGUGAGGUUGCCACCACCGACGACGCAAGAAGAUCCACCACCCCCAGGGCAGCUCUUCCUCCUCCCCGUCCCCGAGGAGCCACCGACGGCCACCACCACCACCACCACCACCAUGACGAAGGUGGUGGCCGAAGAUGGAGAAGUUGUUGGCCAAGAACCGGUGCCGGGGCCCGACCCUUCGCUCUGCCGUUUGUACCGUCACGUCUCCCAUGACUUUUUGGAGAUCCGCUUCAAGAUCCAACGGUUGCUGGAACCCCGGCAGUACAUGCUCCUCCUCCCCGAGCACGUCAUGGUGAAGAUCUUCAGCUACUUGCCCACCCAAGCGCUGGCCGCCCUCAAAUGUUCUUGCCACUACUUCAAGUCCAUCAUCGAGACCUUCGGGGUUCAGGCCACCGAUUCCCGGUGGAACCGCGACCCCCUCUACCGCGACGACCCCUGCAAGCAGUGCAAGAAGCACUACGAGAAGGGGGACGUGUCCCUCUGUAGGUGGCACCCCAAACCCUACCACCACGACCUGCCUUACGGCCGAUCCUACUGGAUGUGCUGCAGAAGACCCGACAAAGAAGCCCCCGGUUGUCGGGUGGGGUUGCACGACAACAAUUGGGUCCACCCAACUCCUCCUCGGCGCGACGAAGGCAGGUGAAGGACAGGACAGAGUUGGGGGGACGUUGGGACUUUAUGGGACAGAUGGAGAAG